AUGACGAAAUUCAUCUCAGUAAACAAGUAUAUGUCAGGACUUAAAGAAGAACUAGACCCAUUCACAUAUUUGAAUGUUUACUUCUACCAUUUUGAAAAGUCUUCAUUCAGCAAAGUUUGGAACAUCGAACCAGUUAAGUUUGCUAUUGUGACUAAAAAUGGUGCAACAUUUGAAGACUUAGACAUAGAAGGUUUGUUAACAGUCAAAGAAAAUUUUGACAGAAGGUUUUCAAACCUUAAAGAAGGCAAAGCAUACAAACUUGUUAUACCUUAUGAACCAAAGAAAGCAGACGACUAUGAAUAUUAUGAGUCUAAGAUAG